AUGACUCACAUGUACUCACAAUUCAACAACUUCAGCGCUGGCGUCAUCGAUAACAAUAUGAGCGCGUCUGAUGUUGCUAGAGGCAUUACGAUUUCGGGCGAAACUUUCAACGUCGUAGCUGGUGACAUGGCAACAUACGAUUAUCAUCAGCGUGGCAGCGGAACGGUCAAUGGGCAAAUGCAUCACGGGGGCACCUACGAUGGCUCCUCACACACGUACCUUCCCGUCGCUUCUCACCCGGAAGAACAGUCACUCAAUGAAAUCCGUGACUUCAUAGGAGUGGUUAAUGGGCAAAUGCACUACGGAGGGCACUUCCGCGGAGAUCGCGUAGGGGAGCGGGAAGACACUAGGUAUAACACGUCUACACCGCGCACGGAAAAUACAUGUAAUUACUCAGUAUAUGCCUCCACCGAUGACGGCCCUAAUCCAUACUGCGAGGCUCCGAAAUCCAGCACGUAUGGUCAACGCCAGGAUGCUAGCUCUCAAAGUUCUUACCCUAUGGGCCACGGACCCCCCGCUAUUUACCCGCGUUACGCUCCUCAACCUCAGAUGAACUCCCAUGCUCCGUACCCCAUGUCUACUCCUUACGCGGCACCUUCCUACAGUGCUCCUUCUACCUACGCCAAUCAUCCCACGGCCUAUUCCAAUUCUUCAUCCCCCCCGUCUCACAAUCAAGGCUCCUGGUGCUCCUUCCUCACUGACGGUGGCGGCCAGAUGCUACAUCCGCAAUUCCUAUCUUCUCGGUACGACGUGUGGGUACCUUUGUUGCCGCGCGGCAUAGCCUUUUCCCCAAUUGUCGGAAGUUCAGUCUGGCCUGUCUCCAGCAAGUUAUUAUUUAUCGAAAAAAAGACAGAAAACUUAAUGCAGUUCCGCCGGGCCAAUCUUCCCGGCACUGCCUUCUUGAACCUCGAAUUAAUGAUCUGCGGAGCCAAGAACAAUAACUCCCUCCCCUUUAUGCCCAAGCUUCCAAAAGACAGAGGUGUUACGAUUUCAGGCGGAACUUUCAACGACGUAUCCGGCAACAUGACGACAAAUGAUAGUAGCACGCAUGUCACCAACCACCAUAGCGGCAGCGGAACGGUCAAUGGGCAAAUGCAUCAUGGGGGGACCUACGACACUAGUAACUCCUCACACACCCACGUAGGGAAUGACGUCAACAAUAUUAGAAAUACCAGUACCGCACGUCUGUAUGUUCCGUUCAUGUUCAAGUUCGCUCCCGCGUUCUCUGAAGAAAGACGUCGCUCUUCUUCGCCACACGCCGCACAUUACGGGGAGCAUGAUGAGCGCGCUUAUAACGACGGUACCCCAAGCAUCGCAUCAAGCGAUGGCAGCCCUGAUGCACACCCCAGGGAUCCGAGAUACAUCAUGUAUGCUCCGACCCAGGAUACUGGCUAUCAAAGGUCUUACCAUACUACGGGCUACGAAGCUCCUCGACCUCUAACCUCCAACGAGGUCCCACGCUCCGCUCCCUUCCAUCAGGCUAUCCAUCACGCACCUCAAUACGCCAAUCAUCCCUCGGUCCAUGCCUAUUCUUCGUACCCCCCUCCCCCAUCCGGAGCUCCUUAUGGUCAUGCGUCGAAUCCUCAUGCGUCUAAUUCUCAUGCGCCUAAUUCUCAUGCGUCGUAUUCUCAUGCGUCAAAUACUCAUCCAUCGUAUCCUCAUCCAUCGUAUCCUCAGGCAUCGUAUCCUCAGGCGUCUUAUCCUCAGGCGUCGUAUCCUCAGGCGUCUUAUCCUCAGGCGUCGUAUCCUCAGGCGUCGUAUCCUCAGGCGUCGUAUCCUCGUAGGCGGUGA